ACUCACAAGGCAGUCUAAGACAUGAACGCUAGAUAUAUAUGUCAAUCUCCAACAGAAGCAAGUGAGGAACCAACUUCAUGCAUUCAAAAUUCCGAAGUUCAUGUUCCUGACCCAAAUUGGUGGAAGAUUGCGGCUCUUCAAGCAGACUGUGUCUUGCGGAGAGGAAGUUUACAGGUGAAAGUACGUGAAGGUUCUAAAUUCUCUUCAUCAGGGAACAUGUUUCGACCAAGGAGUGGGUUCUAUAACAGAGACUAGAACCCUAAGUUAUGCCAGCUAUCACAUUAGAUAAAGCUGGGAUUUUGUAGACAAAAUAGAAUUGAAGGUCUUUGUGAGAAUCAUUGGAUUCCAUCCCCAUCCCCAUAAAGAAAAAGGAAAAUCAUCCUCUUAGGAGAAGGAAUAUUGUUGAGAGCUGCUAUUAGAUUAUGGUCUAGGACUCAAAAAUAUGACUUAAAAAAAUGAUCUAAUAAAGACUAUGUUAACUAAGAAGAUGAAGUGCACGUCAAGUUGCAUAUGGAUGAAGGAAGAAUAUAUGAUGUUUUGAAAGAAUAACGAGUCUCUCUGUUGCCUAAAUGGUUUGUUCAUUGUGUAUACGAUAUAUACAACCUAAAGAUUGGAGCUCCAAUGCUUGAUGGAUAAAUUUAAAAACAAAGAAGAAGAAGAAGAAGAAGUAUAGAAGAUUCAAAGAAAGUAGGAAGAAGGAAAGUUUAACCUCACACCCAACUAUAAAACCAAGUUAAUAAAUAUUAAAUAAUAAGUAUUAAAAAAAAAAUCACUGAUAUUAAUCAAAUAAUUGGAAGUUAAAAUAAACUCUAACCAUUAUGUAAAAGCCUUAAUCCUAGUAUAAUUAAAGGUGUGAAACAAAGAUUAGAUCACAGAGAAAACAUGAAACUAUCAAAUGAAUAGAGAAGACUUAAUCAAAUAAUUGAGAGUUAAGGAGAUGAUAAAAUGUAAAGAGAAAAAAGUGACCCAAAGGCAUGAAAACCUAUAACUAAAACCAUCAAACAGUGAAUAAAAAAUAGGAAUUUCAUAGAACUUAAUUAAAAUAUGUCUAAACAAGGAAAUCAUAACUUGAAAUCGUCUUAGAAAUGGAUAAAAUUGUAAACUAGAAAGCUUGUUGGCAUUGUCUAACACAACAAUGGUAGUCAACCUUGCUGCCAUGACCAAAAACGUAGAUUAAAUUGGAGAACAUAUUGGGUUCAGGUUGAGAGGUAAAAACUAACAACAAAGAACAAUAUUGAAAGAACUCUCUACAAAGGGACUCUCUUGUACACUCUGUACUCUCUUGUGACUCCCUAUGUCAACGGUGCGGGAUGCACAGUGAAUCCAUUGAUGACAUUUUCUUGAACUGCUCAUUUGCAUGGGCAGAUUGGUUUGGCAGUUCCUUGACUUAUCGCUUACCAGCUAUGGAAGACUCGAAGCUACACCAAUGGAU